CGCCGUGCCUCCCGGCGCAUAAAGGCAGGCGGCGGGGGCCGGCCCGGGGCAGCGGCUGGAGGCGGCACGGGAGCGACCGGCAAUGAUGGAACAGCCGGUGCAGACGGAGACCUGGAAGGCGCGGAGCCUGGAGGAGCUGAUCCGUAUCCUCCAUCAGAUAUUCGCCGAGGAUAAAGUCAGCGUGGACGAGGUCCAGGCGCUGAUGGAGUCGUACGAGAGCAACCCUGAGGAGUGGCAGCAGUACGCCAAGUUCGACCAGUACAGGUACACAAGAAAUCUUGUGGACAGUGGAAAUGGAAAGUUCAACUUGAUGAUCUUGUGCUGGGGUGAAGGUCAUGGCAGCAGUAUCCAUGAUCACACUGACUCACACUGCUUUAUGAAGAUCCUCCAGGGAAAUCUAAAGGAGACUCUGUUUGAAUGGCCUGAGAAAAAAGGAAAUGGUGAAAUGACUAAGAAGUCAGAACGAGUUUUGAGGGAAAAUCAGUGUGCCUACAUUAAUGACUCCAUUGGCCUGCACCGUGUGGAGAACAUAAGCCACACAGAGCCUGCUGUCAGCCUGCAUUUGUACAGCCCACCCUUCAACACCUGCAACACCUUUGAUCAGAGGACUGGGCACAAGCACAAAGUCACAAUGACCUUCUACAGCCAGUUUGGAGAAAGGACUGUCUGUGCUACAGGAGUGCCGCAGGAGAACAACUGAGAAGCAUCAGCGCGCGUUUGCGUAAGACCUGCUGAAUGUUUAACCAGGGACAGAAGACUUGCAUGGCUAAGGCUGACAGCCAGAUCCAUUUCAUUACUUGUACAUCGGAGUACUCUAGGGCAGCCUCCAGACCACACACAGUUUCCUCGAGCAAAUGCCAAUUAUGGGACACUAAGCUAACUAGUGCCAUAACCUGCUUCAGAGGUUAGAUGCCUUUUCUUAGGCUCCUGUUAGAAUUAAGUAGCUGGUUGUCUAAUUAUAGCGCCUUUUAAGCUCCACCUUGGUUAUCACGCUGAGAAUAUCAGAAAUAGGGUUUUUAAACAUCAUCUGAUUCUUCUCAAUAAACCUAUGGGGAUGUAUGCUUUCAAUGUAAUUAGUAACUAUAUAAACUUCUAAGCUUCCAGUCACUUGUACCUAUGGGUAGUACAGUAGAUACAACUAACAGCAGUGCCUUUUUUUUUUUUUUAAUUAAGUCUUUUAGGUUUAAUGCUUUAGGCCAUCUUGAUAGUUUUGUGCAUUUUUUUACCUUUUUUUUUUUUACAAUUUAAUUUGUCAGAUCCUUUAAUUUGUCAGUUUUAAAUAGGAACAGAGAAAUGCUUCAUGCAUGAUGAUUUUCAAAACUGAUUCCAUAGAGAUUUGACGUUUAAGAAGACUAAUAAUACUUAAUUCAGCUAAUGUCCAGUUUCCAAAGUAUUCUGUGUAGCUAAUGAAGAAGAAAACUGAAAUAAAACUGGAUUUCUGCACUGAUUUCAGAGUUUUAAACUUUUUUUUCACUGUAACUAAAAUACUCAUCACACUUUACCAAAAUCCACAUUCCUCAUGAAUUUUUUUUCCAAGUAAUACACUGUUAAAAAAUACUUAAAAGCUGGCAGUGUGUCAAACAUGCAAAGAAUCCUGACUCAAAUUAAGUUGGGGGGAGUUCUGUCGCUGAGUGUGCUGAUGUUUAAUUUUAUCCUCCAGAUUUAGUCACAGGGAAAGAACCUUCUUGAAAAGAGUUAACUGUAAUUAAACACAUAAAAAUCAGUAAAGAUGAGUGACGGAGA